CGUGGAACGUGGCAACGCUUUCAGUCGUUGAUUUGACCGCCAAACAAACGCAACGCAACUCGAGUGCGCCAACACGUCGAACACGUACACAAACACCAAGAGCAGCAAGCGCAGUCAGCGCAUCCAACAACAAACGCCAUAAAUAUAAUAUUUCUAACAACAUUAACAGUUUUUUGCACAAUAAAUGCCUUAACGAAAAUAUAUAUACAGAUAUAUAUAUUUAUUCAAAUAUUUAAUAUAAAAUUUAAAUAAAAUUUUACAAAAUAAACAAGCGAGAAAUAUCAACGACGUCAAGUAUUGAAACGAAAUAUUAUAGAGCAUAUUAAAAAACUUUAGGAAAAGUUAAAAAAACGAAGAAGAAACAAGUUGUGAAACUUAAAAGUUCGGCACUAAAAAGCAAUAGUAGUCAAGUGCUGCCAAAAGGUGAAGCCUCAGCAGUAACAGCGCCGUCAGUUAAAGAGCAACAACAACAACAACAACAACAACAACAGCAGCAGCAGCAACCAGAACCGGAAAGAGCAGCUGUAAGAGGAAAAACAACAACGACAACAUGGGAAAAAAGAGCUCGAAAUUGAAACAGGAUACCAUCGAUCGUUUAACAACUGACACAUACUUUACUGAAAAAGAAAUACGUCAAUGGCACAAAGGAUUUCUAAAAGACUGUCCGAAUGGUUUACUCACAGAGCAAGGUUUUAUCAAAAUCUACAAACAAUUUUUCCCACAAGGCGAUCCCAGUAAAUUUGCUUCGCUUGUGUUUCGUGUCUUCGAUGAGAACAAUGAUGGGUCCAUCGAGUUCGAGGAGUUCAUACGCGCCUUAUCCGUCACAUCGAAGGGCAACCUGGACGAGAAAUUGCAAUGGGCGUUCCGUCUGUACGACGUCGACAACGAUGGCUACAUAACCCGCGAGGAAAUGUACAACAUUGUGGACGCAAUAUAUCAGAUGGUGGGUCAACAGCCGCAGUCGGAGGAUGAGAACACGCCGCAGAAACGAGUGGAUAAGAUAUUUGAUCAAAUGGAUAAGAAUCAUGAUGGCAAAUUAACAUUAGAAGAAUUUCGUGAGGGUAGUAAAGCUGAUCCACGUAUAGUUCAGGCGUUAAGUUUAGGUGGUGGUUAAAAAAAAAAAAAAUAAUAAUAAUCCAACAAAUUAACAACAAAUCAACAUAAUAUAGAAACGCGCAACAAAUACAACUGUAACAUCAAAAAUUAAAA